AUGCAAGUACCAACCACUAGCAACACACCUUCACCAAUGCUACCACCACCACUCAUAUCGGCUCUGCGGAAUCCUGAUCCCGAGGCCACAGAACCUUUUCAUCAUUGCAAACAGCUUGACAAAUUUGUCAAAGAGUUUGCCCCACAUCAAGGGUACGGUAUCAUCAUCGGUCACUCUGGACGUGACCCACAUCUUUACUGCAGAUACGAAUGCCAUCGUGGUGGAAAACCCGCCAAGCGAAAGGGCCAAACUGAUGCUACCGAGUGUAAUCCACCCAAGAAGACCCGAUCAAUCAGGAUAGAAUGCCCCUUCAAGAUGAAAGCGACUUUCCACCGAGAGCGAUGCACCUGGACUCUCCAUCACGAGAUCACAUCUCACAAUCAUGGCCCCAUGGAAAUGGAGAUUCCACACAUCACACCCAGCAUCGCACCUACCUCUGCCGAACAAUCACUUGCCCUCGACUUGAGUCAUGAACCGACCAACGUACCUUUAGACACUACCGUUCAGUCACAACUACUAUCUAUCAACAACCGUAUCCUAUCAAUGCCGACUUCUCAACAAGAUGAGAUUCUACAAUCAAUCCACAAACUGAUUGAUGCGGUAUCUAAUGUACCCAAAGAUAAGAUACCGACCAAUGCUCAUGACUCCCAUGAACAGCAAACUGCGCUACAAAUUUUAGAAGAAAUGGAACAAUUCAACGAACUCAUUCAAUUUCAAUCUCCCUUGCACGUUCAACAUAACGAUACCAGCAUUACGCAUCAUCAGGAACAGGAAAAAUCACCUACUAGCCCCAGCAGAAUCGAUGUUGAUGCUUUCAACAGACUUAUGAACAAACAGGCACUUAUGAACGAUCAGCCACUUAUGAACGAUCAUCCAUCAUUUGAUUCAAUAGACUCUUUUGUAUAUGAAGAUCUCCUGCAGCCUAACACUCAACAACCAGGCGUUCAGACGACUUGUCAAGUACUUGAUGUUAAUACUGUAGCUAAGCAUGACUAUGCCACCAAUACCAAUCUGGAGCGCUCUCUUUCCAGCACACUACCUAGCACAACAAUCAACAAGGAACCACUUCCACCCCACCCGGUUUACAAGUCAUCGCAUGAACCGCCCCCACAGACUAGAUCCACUAGAUCGACUAUCAAGAAAACCGCAAGUGUAUCACCCCGUCGAACCCGAAGCAGAUUAGAUCAUGUUACCGGAGUGGCAGCACAGAGUGGUGUCAAACGAACCCAACUUACUAGAACCCGCAGCACUCUCAGUGCAAAGAAACACAAAUGA